GGAGAUGAUAUAAUGCCUCUGAGAUCAUUUACUUAUGGACUCCCUCCUGGGAUAGACUGCAUUAAUCCAUUGACAAAGAUAUUGAUUGUUUUAGAUGCUAAAGUUGAACAUGACCAUGUUUUAGUACAAAACAAAGGGUUGUUAGAAACUAGUAACAAGCAUACGAAGGCACUGGUGGUGAUAACAACGAUAACUCUCUGGUGUUGGAACAGGAUGUUGCAAAGAAAUUCCCCUUCCGAUACUCGUUGUUAAACAUUCAGAUGGCAAAGAACUGUUAGAUAUCUUAACGACGGGAGAGAGAAAGUGUUUGUGUAACAUUAAGGCAGAGAGUACAGUGGAUACUUGUGGAUCAGAACAGGAGCCCAGCCAACCACAAGCCAAAGGAAACCCUAAAGGACAAUUCACAAAUAUUCUAAAGAGUUUAUUGUUCAAGAGUGACAUACCAGUAAUGAUCAGUGACAACCAAACACUAUUCCCGAUGGUGAUGUCUACCCUCUACAACUAUGAGCUGGGAAAGCCUGAACCAGAGGACUUAAAAGUUGUUGUGCAGAAGAUUAACAGCCACAUCAAGUUAAGAUUUCCUGAAGAUUUUCCCUUCUAUAUCAUUUUGGCAUAUAAAUUUCAUCUAAAAUUGGGCAUCAAAUACCAUCAGGGUGAAUGUCAAAAGUUUAUAAAUAUGUGUAUUUGUGAGAUGGAAACUGCGGCAAGUUGUAUCAUUGCUGAAAGAUUAACCAGAUUUCUUAGUGGUGAAGAAAUUAGAGUCAUGUUUCAUCAAAGGGAUUCAAAAGAAAUGACAUUCAGUGUUUUUUCUCUGUUUGAGAAAGCUUGCAUCGAUAUGUGCGAAAUCUCCUCAGACAGGCUCAGUGAUAAGUAUUUCUACAAACGAAUGCUGUGGGUGUCAUUGGCUGUGAAGGUAAAGUCCAAGAUAUGUAACCAUAUACCAAAAGAGUGUGAAUUGUUGAUGGAUUAUUUCCCAAGUAGCCGCUGCCAGUUAGUUAUGAAUGAGAAUCUUGUCGAUAGUGUUAAAAGUGGAGUUGUGUUCUUGGAGACAAUUGGACUUCCGAAGGAGUUUAGUGGUGGUUUAAUCUAUCAUAUCAUUGGGUCAUAUCACAAGGAGUUGUGUUUUUUUCAGUACCUCAGGUGGGGAUUGGGUUUUCUAAACUCCAUUAAAGAUAUAUGGAGUGAGCAUGAUGCCAAAAAUUCUGGCCAAAUUAAGGAAGAGUUGUGGAAGUGGCUGCAGCUGUUAUUAGAGCUGAUUGAUGUGACCUUAGGACAGGCGAUAAAGCAACUGGAAAUAAUAAUACGUGGUAAAGGUGUUGCAAAGGAAUGCAGCAAAAAUAUUAACAAGAGAGUUGUUGCUUCAGUCAGGGAGAAAUUUUCGCAAUUGACAAUCCGGAAGUUUGCCCCACUAUAUGAAGCUUUUGAUAUAUGGCCAACCGAACUUGUUAUUGAGUACCUGAACCAGUAUAAAUUGGAAAAAGGAAUGAGGAUAAUUGAUCCAUAUUGGAUACAGCUCCUUAAAAUGGUUUCAAAGAGAUACUCAGGGGAAAAUUCUCCAUACUUCAUAACCAACUUCUUGUUGUCAGUUGGAGUAUCAUAUCAGGAGGAUGGCAGAGCAGAUAUGUUCAUUCUGGAUUUGCUAUCACUUGAUGUACCUGGCCUUCUUGCAAAGGGAGUAUCCGAAAAGGAAGAUCUGGAUAAUUUUAAGAGUUUCCUUCAGAAAUCUAUAGAAAAACAUGAUUUACAAAACCGUCUUCUGCAUCAUAUCAUUGGCCUUAUGGACACAUUUAACACUGAAAAAGAUGAUUUCCAGGACCUAGUUCUUGCCGCCGUCGGAGAAGAGGUUGUUCCUGAUUUCACGCAGAAAUGGAGAUGUGCACCAGCUGGUGCAGCUCUGGCAAUCAUUGAGAAGAGUGUCAAGGAGUUGUGCCAAAACUGGAAUAUAACUGUUAUUUCUACAAAACAGGGUUUCUGCUGGGGUGUUGUGGCUAGAUUUUGUGUGAAGGUGCCCUUGGAUGAACAUAACCUCCAGUGGUUGAAUGAUAAUGUACACAUCAUCAAUCUCCUCUGCCGUAUCUUUGGGGUAUCUGCUCACAGAAAGGGAGAUAUGCACCUAUUUGAACCAUCCACCGAGGAAUGUGGUGACCAAAGAGUGUAUGUCAGUAACUACAUUAAUUCUAUACAUCUAAGCGGUAAAUAUGGCAGUAAUGUUCAGUAA